AUGGGGCCCCUUGCGGCCCCUCUGCGGCCCCUCUGCGACCCCGUCGCCGCCACCUGCGGCCCCGUCGCCGCCACCUGCGGCCCCGUCGCCGCCACCUGUGGCCCCGUCGCCGCCAACUGCGGCCACGCAGCCGCCACCUAUGGCCCCGCCGCUACCUGCGGCCCCGUCGCCGCCACCUGCGGCCCUGUCACCGCCACCUGCGGCCCCGUCGCCGCCACCUGCGGCCCCGUCGCCGCCACCUGCGGCCCCGCCACCGCGCCGCCGAGCAGCCCAGCAGCCGAGCCGCCCACCAGCCCAGCAGCCGCACCGCCCAGUAGCCGCGCCGCCCAGCAGCCGAGCCGCCCACCUGCCAAGCAGCCGAGCCGCCGAGCAGCCAAGCCCCCGAGCCGCCGAGCCGCCCAGCAGCAGAGCCGCCCAGCAGCCGAGCCGCCCUGCCGCCGAGCCGCCCUGCCGCCGAGCCGCCCUACUGUCGAGCCGCUGCUGUUCCUACUAGUGCGCCCCAGCCCUCCUUCCUCAGACUGGGACCACUUCCUCUCUGUUUGCCCCACCACUCUCACCGUUGACCUCCUCGAGAAGGGCCUCCUAGCAGCAGAGACGAGCAUAGUCCCUGUAGGAGCCUCUCGUGGUGACCCUCGCACCCCCGUCUAUGAGGGGUGUUCUCCCUCCCCCCUCUUGCCCUCUGUUGCUUUUGCUGCUGCGGCCGACCUCGUUGGUUUCGAGUCGGUCGGCGCUGCGUCUCCCCCUAGCGGGAGACGCCGCACCGGCAAGGGCAAGGGGGGCAAGGGCGCUGGAGGGGCUAGCGGGGGCGGUGGAGGUGGUGGUGGAGGCAGUGGAGGGGGUGGGGGUGGUGGUGGGAGUGGUGGCGGGGGUGGCGGCGGCGGUGGCAGCAGUGGAGGCGGAGGAGGCGGCAGUGGUGGCGGAGGGAGCGGAGGCGGCGGAGGUGGCGGAGGAGGCAGAGGUGGAGGAGGCGGCGGAGGCGGCGGCGGCGGCGGCGGCGGCGGUGGUGGAGCGGGUCGCGACUCUGCGCAGAGGAGUGGCUCAGGUGGUGGUCCGCGCCAUGUUGAGGGUGACUGUUACCUGUGUGUAUCGCCUGACCCGGGCAUUGAGGCCACUGCUCUAGGUGCUGGUGAGGCUGCUGCUCUAGGUGCUAGUGCGUCUGCUGCCCCUGGUGCUAGUGCGUCUGCUGCCCCAGGUGCUGGUGAGUCUGCUCUCUCAGGUACUACGUAG